AUGUGUGGUGAAUGGAAAGGAUUGCAAGCCUUAGUUCUUAAUGAUUGUCCUUAUGCAUACUAUGUGCAUUGCUUUGCUCAUCGGUUACAAUUAGCAUUAGUUGCUGCAUCAAGAGAGGUAAUCCCUAUCCAUGAAUUCUUCUUGAAUUUAAAUUUCAUUAUCACUACAGUUGGUUCUUCGUGUAAACGUAAUGAUGAACUAAGAGCUGCUCAAGCUGCAGAAAUUGCUAGAGUGUUAGCUAUUGAUGAACUUGAAACAGGAAUAGGAGCAAACCAAAUUGGAACUCUAAAACGGGCUGGAGAUUCUCAUUGGGGGUCUCAUUUUAAUUCUAUUUGUAGCCUAAUAAGGAUGUUUGGUCCAACUUGUUUGGUGCUUGAAAAUAUAAAGGAAGACGGGUCCACCUACUUGCAACAUGGAGAUGCAAAUGUAGCUCAUAAAAUGAUUAAUUCAUUUGAGUUUAUAUUUAGUUUACAUCUAAUGAAGGAAAUCAUGGGUAUUAAUGAUGUUCUUUGUCAAGCUUUACAACAGAAAUCUCAAGACAUCUCAAAUGCCCAAAAUUUAGUUUCAGCAACAAAGGCACUCAUCCAAAAUUUAAGAGUAGAUGGCUGGGAUAAUUUUCUUGAGAAUGUCAUAGGAUUCUCCAAAAUAUUUGAAAUUGAUAUUCCAGAUCUAAGUGCUCAAUAUGUUGAAGGUAGAAGUUGUAAGAAAAGGGAUCAUUUUACAGUGGAGCAUCAUUAUCAUUUUGAUAUAUUUAAUGCUACAAUAGAUGUUCAACUGCAAGAGCUUGACAAUAGGUUUGGUGAACAACCAAUAAAACUCUUGACACUUUGCUCUGCUUUGGAUCCAAAGGAUGCUUACAAAUCCUUUAAUGUGGAUGAUAUAUGUCGUCUUGUUGAGAAAUAUUAUCCUCUUGAUUUUUCUGAGCGUGAUAGGAUUGGUUUGAAAAUUCAAUUGAAGCUAUUUGAGCAUGAUGUGCAAAAUCAUUUGAAGUUUUAG